AUGGCCGAUACUCCUGUAUACAAUGCCUCCGAGCCCAGUGGCGGCGACCCCUUAAAGGUCAACGUGAACACCCAAUUCGAAGGCUUCGAGUGGAACUAUACCUACAUUGUCUUUUGCGGAUUCAUCGUCUGGUUAAUUAUCCCCGGCAUUGGUUUGCUCUACAGCGGCCUAGCUCGGAGGAAAUCCGCCUUGGCAUUGCUUUUCCAAUCUCUCAUGAUAGUAGCCGUAACAACCUUCCAAUGGAUAUUCUGGGGGUAUUCGCUGGCAUAUUCCCGUGAUGCUAGUCCCUUUAUCGGCACUCUCAAGAAUUUCGGCUUGAAAGAUGUCAUGGCUGCUCCAUCGCCAGGGUCCGCAGUGUUGCCGGAGAUUGUGUUCUGCUUCUAUCAACUUCUGUUCUGUGCAUGCACAGUAAUGAUCGUGGUAGGCGGAGCAUUUGAACGAGGAAAUAUGCUUCCGUCGCUGGUCUUUAGCUUCUGCUGGGCGACCGUGGUCUACUGCCCCGUGGCUUGCUGGACUUGGAACAGUAAUGGAUGGCUGUACAAUUUGCCCUCUCUCGAUUUUGCUGGUGGAGGCCCUGUUCACAUCGCGUCAGGCUGGUCUGCGCUUGCCUACGCGCUGGUUUUAGGAAAGCGAAAGCAUGUCGAUGAAACCUCUCAUGGAAAGCCUCAUAACACUACGCUGGUUUUCCUUGGGACAACCUUGAUUUGGUUUGGAUGGUUCGGAUUCAACGGAGGUUCGGCCCUUAAUGCGAGUGUCAGAGCUAUGUUAGCAGCCUUCAACACCAAUACGGCAGCGUGCACGGGCGUCUUGGGCUGGGUGUUAGUGGACUCGAUCAAGAACCGUGGGAAAUUCUCCGUUGUGGGCGCCUGCGAGGGCGCGAUUGCUGGAUUGGUUGGGAUUACCCCAGCCGCCGGCUUUGUGUCCGUGUGGCUUGCAGCGUGCAUCGGGUUCCUUACGAGUAUCGUCUGCGCGUUACUUCAAGAUGUCAACAAUUGGUUACAUAUCGAUGAGGGGAUGGAUGUGUUCAAGCUACACGGUAUUGGAGGUAUGGUCGGGGCAUUUUUGACGGGGAUCUUUGCGUCGCAGUCGGUCGCGGCCUUGGAUGGCGCGACCGAAGCCACCGGUGGCAUCGACGGGAACGGGAUGCAGGUUGGGAAACAAUUGGCGGAGGUGUGUGCGAUAUCCGCAUAUUCAUUCACCGUGUCCUGCAUUUUGCUCUAUAUUUUGAAAUGGAUCCCGGGAAUGCAUUUGCGGGUUCACGAGGAGGCAGAAAUGAUUGGCCUGGACCGGGCGCAGUUUGUUGACGAGCAAAUUGGGGAGCGUGCCAUUCUGGACGAGUUGUUUGUAUCUUCGUCAUCGACGCCCGCCCAUGCGAGUGUGGUGAAUGAGUCUCUGGGUAUUUCAACGGGGUCCAAGGAUCUGAAGAUGUAA